UCAACUUUUCGUUACCCAAAAUUUGCAGAUGUUAAUUGCCGCGCGCAUUUUCAUUCUUUGAUAUUUAAAAAUUUCACAGAUUUUAAGGCUUCUUGCCAUUACCAUCAAUCUUUCCACAAUAAAUGUCCAGAUUCAGCAUCUUACAAAACAAGGUGUUUUCUUUUUUAGUUGCUUAAUGCAUUAUUUUCACUGGUUACUUUAACGUUGUCUACGUUGAUAUCUGUUGGCGAAUUCAAAAGUUUUGUUCUUUAGGUCUCGUGGAUUAGUGGGUUCGCUUCAAAUUUCGUUGAUUUUUAGCUAGUCGGGGAAGUGGGUUUUUCGUUUUUGUGAAUUUGGAAGUUGAUUUCGUUACUGGUUCUUUUUCACCUCUUUCUUGUUUCUGUAGGACUAACCAUGAGUGGAGAUAGUUUCACUUCCAAACCGCGUGCUGCUUUGGGUGAUGUGACCAAUUUUCCGGCAAAAGGGGUGUUUUCAUUGAUUUCGGGUGAUCUGGGGCUUAAAUCUAGAGAUGGGUAUGGUAAGAGCGUGGAUAGUGUAAAUGGGGAUUCAGGUUCUGCAAAACAAGUUUGUUUAGGAGUUGAAGACUUGGUGAAAGAGAAAUGUGGUGGUAUUGGGAAAGGUUGCAAUUCGUUGACUACUGGCUGUGAGAUUGAUGUUUCAGAGGAGAAUGUAGCUGGUGUGUCUGUUGUCGCAGAUAGGCCUAGUGAUAAUAAGGAAACAUCGAAUUUGAUAGAUGGCUGUAUUGAUCUUGUUAAGAGUGGCGGUGCAGGUACACACAGUAUUGGGGAAGUUAGAUGUGCAUCUAGUGGUUCAGUGCAUACGAGCUCUGGGCCCUGCACAAAAUAUAGUGAUGACGAAGGGAAAUUCACCUCCAAUGUUAUACUGAUCGAUCCAGCUGGUCAAGCAUUAGUCGGUGGUGCUUCUGCAAAUGAUGACAAUGAUUCUGGUGUUGGUAGGUUAGCUAGAGAAAGAUGUGGGUCUGUUGAGUGGUCGAGGUUGCCCACUUCACAGGGUUUGAAAUCGUUUGAGUCGGAAAAGUGCACAACUCUCAAGGGUGAUGUUUGUGCCAAUCUGAAUGCAGGUCUUGACAUGCUCAAAGCUUGCUCCUGUUCUUUUUGCCUGAAAGCUGCUUGUAUUUGGUCGGACCUAUAUUACCAGGACAUUAAAGGUCGACAAUCUGCAUUGAGGAAGAGUCAGAAAGAAGCGGGAAUCUUGGUUAAUAACUAUGCUAGGGGAAAGCAGACAGAUAUUCAUAGCCAAGUAAACUCUAACAAAUCCUUGAAAUUAGUACCUGACCUCACUGAUCUCUGGAGGUCCCACUUUCGACACAUGGAGGAUAUGUUUGCUAAUGAAAGCAGCCACCUUCAAGCUGGAUACGUGACACUGAAAGAUUUGAGGGACAGCUGCAAGAUGGAUCUAGAGAUGAUCACUGGGAUGCCUUCGGACACACUUUAGGGUUCCAGACCAUACGAAAUCAGCUUUUCUUUUACUGCUCGUACUUACAGAGAUUAGCCUUCUGAACUUAGACCAAGUCCCUGGACACCUAAUGAAAGCAUAAAUAAACGAUUCCCCAGGCCUGUUCGCAGUGUAUGGUUUGCUGGAUAAUAUUGAUCGGAUUGCAUUAGACAUGAAUAUAUAAAUGAAUCUAGUCCCGAAUCGACUCCUAAGCUGAACCAAAAUGAUUAGCCUUCAAGUCCGAUUUAUGAUUUUUAGAAU